AAAUGAGCAGGAAGCAAAAGGGGAACUGGGUACGAAGAGUUCUGUGGUAGGGUGGAGUUUUGUCCACUGUUGAUCACAUUCAUUGUCCAGUUUAUCAACCUGCGCUUCGUCUGAACUCAUCUCACCCUGAUACCAGACCACACUGGAGAAAAGUGCUAAGAUUACAUCAGUUUUAAUUGAACAUGUCAGACAUCAUUCUGGAGGAGAUUUUUGUAAAACGAUCCCAGCAAAAGAAGAAGACUUCUCCUUUAAACUUCAAAGAGAGGUUGUUUGUACUCACACAAGAUAAAAUAUCAUAUUAUGACUAUGAUAUUGAUAAAGGGAAAAGGAAAGGACUGAAGGGUUACGUGGACAUUGAAAAGAUCAAAUGUGUGGCGAUUGUGUUUCCUGAUGACAACGCACCUCCUGAUCGACUUUUCCCAUUUCAGAUAAUCUAUGAUGAAGGCCCUCUGUAUGUAUUUGCCAGGUCAGACCAAGUACGAAAGCAGUGGCUACAUGAAUUAAGGAAUGUGGUUCAGUUCAACAAGGACUUGAUGCAGAAGUACCAUCCGUGCUUCUGGGAAGAUGGCAUGUGGAAGUGUUGCAAGCAGGAGGUUAAACAGGCUGUGGGAUGCAAAGUGUUAGAGAGCAAAAAUGGAGGGUUUCCUGCCAGAGGUAGCAGUAAACGCAUUUCCAGAAAACCACUCCCACCUACACCCGAAGAGGAAAAAGUAUCCCGACCGCUGCCACCCCAGCCACCUAUGGCCACAGGCUUCAAUGUGGGCAUGACUGUUAUAGCUGAAUAUGAGUAUGCACCAAUGGCACCCCACGAUUUGGAGCUAAGAAAGGAUGAAGAGUACACGCUCUUAGAUAUCAGUGAUCCUAACUGGUUUAGAGCUAGAGAUAAAUAUGGAAUUGAAGGAUACAUCCCAAGUAACUACAUUGCUCAGGUCUUAAAUGGAUUGGAAAAAUAUGAUUGGUACUGCAAGAAUGUUAACCGCAGUCAAGCUGAGAAUUUACUAAAAACAGAAAAUAAAGAUGGCGGUUUCUUGGUGAGAGACUCUGGCAAAUUCACUGGAAAAUAUACUGUCUCUGUGUUCACCAAGUCUGGUGGAGAGGCUGUCGGCAGCUGCAGACACUACAACAUAUGCGUCACGGCACAAGACCAGUUCUAUCUCGCAGAAAAGCACAACUUUAGCACUAUCCCAGAACUUAUCAAUUACCACCAGCACAAUGCGGCAGGUCUGGUAAGUAGACUAAAACACAUCGUGUCAAAUCAGACCCGACAUGCUCCAUCCACUGCAGGUCUGGGUUAUGGAGCCUGGGAAAUCGAUCCUCGACAGCUUACGUUUAUCAAAGAACUUGGCAAUGGCCAGUUUGGUGUGGUGAAGUAUGGGAAGUGGCAAGGCCGCCAUGAUGUGGCUAUUAAAAUGGUGAAAGAGGGCUCAAUGUCUGAGGAUGACUUCAUUGAGGAGGCUAAGGUCAUGAUGAAACUCUGUCACGAAAACCUGGUACAGCUGUAUGGCGUUUGCACAAAACAACGACCUAUUUAUAUAGUCACAGAAUAUCUCAGCAAUGGGUGUCUGUUGAACUACUUACAGGAGAGCCUCCAGAACCCCAAUAGUGUUCUGCUGCUUGAGAUGUGUAAAGAUGUCAGUGAGGGUAUGGCCUACUUAGAGGCCAAUCAGUACUUACACAGAGACCUGGCUGCUAGAAACUGUUUAGUAGAUUCAGAUGGAACCAUUAAAGUUACUGAUUUUGGAUUGUCAAGGUACGUGAUGGAUGAUGAGUACACCAGCUCUAUUGGCUCAAAGUUCCCUGUGCGCUGGUCUCCACCUGAAGUCCUACUUUUUAGGAAGUUUAGCAGCAAGUCAGAUAUCUGGGCAUUUGGUGUUUUGAUGUGGGAGAUUUAUACUCUGGGCAGAAUGCCAUAUGAACGGUGGAAUAACCAAGAGAUUGUGGAGAAAAUAUCUGCAGGUCAACGGCUUUAUCGUCCACAAAUGGCCAAUGACAAAGUUUAUUCUAUUAUGAACACCUGUUGGCAUGAGAAACCAGAGGAACGGCCCAAUUUCCAGGAUUUGGUCAUGGCUAUCAAGGAUUUGCUCUUUAAUAUGUAAAAGAUAAUGAAUAUAACAUAACUACCGUGAACGCUUGUACAUUAAGGAUGUAAUUCACUAUAUGGAAAAGUCUAGGGACAACAAAAAUUAUAUAUAAAAAAAACAUUUCAUAUAAUAACCCAAUACUGUGAAUGCAUUAAAUGUUUAAUAUAUAUUGCAUAUUUCCUGAAUAAAUCCAUGUUGCAUUAUUUGAGUCAAGAAAAAGAGAGCUGUGAUUUCUUUAAAACAGGUUUUUCCUUUAUGUAAUUUUGUAUUUAUAAAACUGCAGUUUCAUGACUAUAUCAAAAGCUACUUGUUUGUUUUAAUAUUAUUACACCUAUUAACAAUGAAAGCUACAAUUGCAGCAAUAACUAAAAAUUUAAGAUUGUAUGGAUUUAAUGUACAUAUUGACCACAGUAUUUUUUACUGUUGAUUUGACUGCAUAUUGAUAUCAGGAAAACAACCAUACUAAGUAAACAGUCUGAGAAAAGUUUCAGUUUUUUGUGUAAAUACUGUUUUAAUUUUAACCACAUCCUCUACUGUGGUUAAAUUCUGAUAUUUAAAUACGUAUACACUUUCUCUUUGUAGCAGUGUGAUUAAUAAAAUAAGACUGAUUUCAAA